GGAAGCCUAGGCAACGCAACAUUGACGCUUUGGAGCCGUAAUUGUUACCAGCCUCAGGAUGCGGAUAAAGCCAGCCACGAAAUAACCCCGCGAAAUCCAAAUUGACCCUGACUGACCACACUUGCACAUGGGAAUUUCAUCAUUUCCAUCUUUCUUGCCAAAUGACCAAUUGUUAGGGCCCCUUGAGCGCAGCACAUCAAGUCAUAUUCAAUCGUGAUACGUCACUGAUGCGCCAUUGCUUGCAGUCUUGUUUGAUCCAAACCGUCGGAGUCAAUACAAGCUGCCUCAGUUGAGGGAAGUUGAAAACUGACGCUAUUGCUGCAUUGCUGCGCUAAGAAACCCAUCUUCAAGAUGGAAGCAGCACCGUUGAUUAAGGCGCAUGACCACGCAAAAGCUGCGUCCGACGCAACUCAUGCUGCGAAUUCAACUGUCGCCAUCAAUGAACACACUCGAGCUGCUGGGGAGUUUGCCAAUGCUGCCAAGAACACGACAAGUGUCGAAGCUUUGAGGACGUUGAAGCUUCUCGAAGAGCAUCACCGAAGAUUAUCUGAAAUACUGAAGCUGCCACUCGAGUCGCACGCAUCCCAAAGCAAUAGCAGCAGUCAGAAUGAAGCCCAAGCAUCUGAAGAGAAAGACGAGAGGGUCUCGGUUGCUGACCCGCCUCUGCCGACAUCCAAGUCUGACAGCGAGAAGAACCCACAAAGUAUGCCAAAACUACCGAAGCCGCAGCAGUACCCGUCGCGGGAUCUUGGUGCCUCUAUAGCCAACAACUUGGCCUCUGCGCGAGGUAUUCGAUCCAAGUAUCGCUCCCAACCAUUAAGCCCCAGUGUUUCGAAUGCAGAAGCUCCAGGCAAUAUGGAACUUGCCUCACGCCGCAGCGGGUCCGGGUCAAGAUCAAAGAUGCAGAACAUGCUCGAGCACGCCGACAAGCCAGCAUCGCCGUCUGGGCAGAUUACCCGACAAGGCAGCAAUGAACAGCGUCGCAGUGGAAGUAGCAGUGGCUCCCACAAACCGCAAGACGUUUCAUUAAGCCAGAACGAUGAAGGGUUCUCAAGAUUCUACAGUGCUUUUGGUAGUAUCAUCAACAGGAUCUCGGCGCCGCUCGCCUUUGCCGGACUUCCUUUGGUGCAGGAAGACGCCGAGGAACAAACCCCAGCCCCUGAGCCUCCAGUACAGAAGAGGAACAGACAGAAACCAUCACAUUCUCCAUCAGCGGAGCCAGACCUCAGCAGGAUCUACUCGAAAGCAGCCCUUAAAGCUAUAUCCCGUGACGGUCAUUCUGCGAAUGACUCCUUCUACGUGGUUCCCACCAGCGGACACACUGUCUCCUAUGCCAGCAUUCUAUCGUUUGCCGACAAGGAGAAGCGUCGAAUGGAAGCAUCCUUCCAUGGUGAUCUGGGCAGUCUCGCCGAAGAUCCCGACGAAGAGGACUUUGUUGACGCCAAGGAAUCACAGCCCCCUUUAUCUCCCGGCCUCAAGCGGAGAACAGGCAAAACGCGCUCUGAAAAGGAGCUGAGCAAUGUGGUAGAGGAACUCUACCUCGAGAACAAGAGCCUCAAAGACAUGCUAGAUAAACUUAGUAAGCGCCUCCACGCCUUCGAGUCCAUGUCGCAGAACUCGGGCAUGCGACUGGCGGAAAGCAUGAGACUGAUGCGACCUGGCUCCCCUCUGCCAUCGGCUGGCAAGCCAGGGGCCGGAGACGAGGCGUUGCGCAAGAGGAAUCAGGAGCUCGAGGAAAAAUGUCUGCUCUACGUUAAGCAGAUGGAUGAACUGCAUAAGGACUACAACAAAGCCCGCGCGAAUCUUGUGCGUUAUCGCGAGAAGUGGGAACAGCUUAAAGCUGGGGCUAAGGCUCGGAGGGCUGGCGGAAUGCAGGGCAAUUCGGAAUCUACGGAUGGCGGUAUUGCAUCGCCUAGUAUAGGAUGAGUAAGGAGUUUGUGAUGUCGAUUUGGAAGAAGCGUCGAGUAUCGCUUAGGGUGCGCAUGUAGAUCAACCGACAUGGUGCUGAGGUGCUGCGUUCAUAACGAAUGACUCUCUUACUGGUUGGUGACGUAUUGAUAUCAACGCUCUCUUGACCAACCAUUGAGUACAUUAUCAUCUGUCCAAUAUUGCGAAACCCUUACGCUAGGAAUAGAGUCAUUGACUUUAGUCAACACUGGAUAUUACAAGACACUCUAGGUACUUAAGCUCCUACCCAAGCACUUAGUAGACUGCUCGUUGGAAGUGGCUAUCUGUCUUCAUCCAGUUGCGGUAACUCAUCUGGGCACAUAACUUGAUAAUGGAAAGACCAACUUAGGACUUUUCCAGAGUGAGGAAGGCGCGCUAUCAGAUUGAUGUCAUCCAAACA